ACAUUAUACUACUUUUUUACGGUUAUUGAUGAUACCUAAAUUUAGUAAACUAUUUCAUUAGAAUUUAUGAAUCUAAUCGACGAUUAUUGAUUAGUGUGUAAUUGAAAACAACUGUUGAGAAAAAAAAUAACCAUGAAUUAUAUGAUAUUCUAAUAUCAAAUACUUAUACCAAAUAAUAAGCAAAUAAAUUAUUGACUACGACUAACUCAAACUGAGAUAACUAAGUUUUAUUUUUUGGAAUAUAAGUAGAAACAUUAUCAAGUUAAUUUACUCAAAAAAAUGUUGAAAUCAGUUUUGAGGCAACUAUAUAGACAUAAGUCUUCAUCAGCCUCUGAAAAUAUUAUAACAACUGUCAAGUCAAUUAAUUCAUACCAUAUAACUCUUUCAGAUCCUAAAACAAGAAAUUCACUAUCCAUUGUUGCACUACAGCGCUUAAUUGAAGAAAUAAAAAAUGCAGGAAAUGAUUUAUCUUUAAAAAGUAUAGUACUACGUGGAAAUGGACCUGUUUUUUCUGCUGGACACAACCUCAAAGAGCUUAGCAUACCAGAAAACCAGAAUAUUGUAUUCUCAUUAGCUACAAAACUUAUGAAUACAAUGAUAGAUUGUCCUAUACCUAUUAUAGCAUGUGUUGAUGGUAUAGCUGCAGCAUCGGGUUGUCAAUUAGUGGCAGCUUCAGAUAUGGCGAUUUGUUCGAACCGCAGUUCUUUUUCAACACCUGGUGUAAACCUUGGUUUGUUUUGUUCUACUCCAGGAAUUCCACUGACUAGAGUUGUGUCAAAAAAAACUGCAGCUUAUAUGUUAUUUACUGGUACACCAAUCAAUGCUGAAGAAGCCCUUAGAACUGGUCUUGUUAGUAAGGUUGUUGAACCUGAAGAAUUAGAUGAUGAAAUUACCAAGUUGACAACAUUAAUUGGUCAAAAAAGCCGUUCUGUAACUACUUUGGGAAAGAAAUUUUUUUACAGACAAAUUGAUGAAAAUAUUAAAUUAGCUUACAAGAAUGGAGAACAAAUUAUGCUAGAUAAUUUAGAACUCAAUGAUUGCAAAGAAGGUUUACAGUCAUUUGUUGAAAAAAGAAAACCCAAUUGGUCAAAUUAAAAAUAAAGUGAAAUUUCCAUUUAAUAAAAUAAAAUAAUCUAUAAAA